AUGAGGCAUACUAGCAACAGAAUUCAACAUAGCAACAUAGCAACUAAGGCUCCCAUCUGUGUUGGAAAGUUCCAAAUGGGCACAUCUGAGACAGAGAACAAACCAUCUCCGGACAUCUCAGAAAAUGUGUCGCAGGAAACCCGUGAAGAGAUGCUUUCUAGGCAUAGGUUAACUGCUUGGAUCUACUGUUGCUGGAAGAAGGAGAUCUCCGAACUGCAUCACAAGGAAAUGCCAAUGAAAAAGGCAGCUGCAAAAGGCAGUAAGGCUGAGCAGAAAGCAAAGGAGAAACAAGUGGAGGAUGGAAUAUCCAAUCUUUCUGCAAACCUGAAACAAAAACAUGUGGAGGAACUUGCCUCGGUUGUGCCAACAAUGAUGAAUGCUGAAGAGGGAGAAUUUGAUAAUAAGAUUGCAGAGAGGUUUCAAAGUUAUUGUAAAGAUGUGGAGUCAACCGCAGCAUGGGGUGGACAGUUAGAACUCAGAGCACUAACUCACUGCUUGAAGAAACAUAUCAUGAUCUAUUCAGGAUCCUUCCCUAAUGUAGAGAUGGGAAGCAUCAACCUUUCUUACCAUCAGCAUGCAUUCGGUCUUGGUGAACAUUACAACUCUGUUGUUCCUAUCAAUAGGAUAAGAAAACAAUGCAUUAUAGGCCUAUUGGUUUCACCAAAUAAAGCCAACCUCAUUUCAGUUUUGUGCGAAAAGUACGAGACAUUAAAGGAUCUUGGUGCUGAAAAUUUCCGAGUGGCAAGGCUUCUCAGAAAUAAGAAGACCAAAGAGCUUCUUGCUCUCAAAUACAUUAAGAGAGAAAAGAAGAAAAUUUACCAUAGGAAUUUGAAACUGAAGAAUAUUUUCUUGGGUGAGAGAGUAUUCUUCAAAGGUUACAUGAUGCAAUUUCCUGCAGUCUGGAUUGCUGCACUCACAGCCCAAAUCAAUGGUGGGAACACCCGCAUAUAUAGCAUCUAA